GCGGCGACGGGAUGGCGGAGCCCCAGGACGAGUCGGAGCCCCUCCUGGGCCGGACUCGAGGCGGCAGCGGUCGCGGCCGCGACUGCCCGGCUGCGGCAGUGGCGGCGGCCGCGGUGGCCACCUGCCGUAGCGCCCAGGUCAGAGGUGAGCAGCCCGGGCCGGGGACGAGGGCGACCCGGGGUGAGGGUCGCGGGCAGGCUCCGCGAUCCCCUCACCCCAGGUGGCUACUGGGACCCCGCCGGGCCGGAGUCCGAGCGGCACGGUCGCUCGGGGUCAGGGGGCCUUCCCUGGGGUCCGGGGACCGACUCAGGCUGGGGCAGAGUUGGGGCGCGGGGUUCCGCACCCCGAACCGGGAAGGGGGCCUCGGCAACCCGGGGACCAGCCCCUCCAGCGCCGGGGGCAGCCUGGGCCACGUGGUCUCCCCGGGAUCCCCAAGUGUGAGCCCCAGGAUAGAAGCAGCCGCCUCCCUUGGGUGGCAGGCAGAAUGGGCAGUGGCCGAGAGCUCCACCAAGGUGCCCGCCACUGUCACCUUCCCUCCUGCCUCUCGGAAGAGCCACGCGGCCCCGUGUUUUCUUGGGAGCCAGCUACGCACCAAGGCCGGUCAGGAGCUCUGCAUCGACCAGGCCGUGGUCUUCAUUGAGGAUGCAAUCAAGUACCGCUCCAUCAACCACCGCAUGGACGCCAGCGCGAUGUGGUUUUACCGGUGGUAUUACUCCACCUCGUGCCAGCGGAUUUUGAGCUUCAUCAUUUUCUUGAUCCUGUCUUUGGCUUUUGUCGAGACCCCUUCCUCGCUCACGAGCUCCUCGGACGUCCGGUUCCGCCGUGUCGCCUGGGAGCCGCCCUGUGGCCUGACCGAGAGCGUGGAGCUGCUCUGCCUGCUGGUCUUCGUGGCCGACGUCUUCGUGAAGGGCUACCUGGUCGGGUGGUCCCAGUACCGGAGCAGCCCCUGGCUGCUGGCCUACCUCGUGGUGCUGGUGGUGUCACUGAUAGACUGGAUCGUGUCCCUGAGCGUCAUUUGCUGGGAGACCAUGCGGAUCCGCCGGCUCCUGCGCCCCUUCUUCCUGCUGCAGAACUCGUCUAUGAUGAAGAAGACGCUCAAGUGCAUCCGCUCAACGCUGCCGGAGAUGGCCAGCGUGGCGCUGCUGCUGGCGUUACACCUGUGCCUCUUCACCAUGUUCGGGAUGCUGUUGUUCACCGGCGAGAAGGACGACGGGCUGAGCAAGGAGCGGCUGACCUACUUCCGCAACCUGCCUGAGGCCCUGACCUCCCUCCUGGUGCUGCUGACCACGGCUAACAACCCUGAUGUGAUGAUGCCUGCCUACUCCAAGAAGCGCGCCUACUGCGUCUUCUUCAUCCUCUUCACUGUGAUCGGUAGCUUGUUCCUGAUGAAUCUGCUGACGGCCAUCAUCUACAAUCAGUUCAGGGGCUACCUGAUGCUCUCUCUCCAGACCUCGCUCUUCCGGAGGCGGCUGGGCACCCGGGCCGCUUAUGAGGUCCUCGCCUCCCUGGAGGAUGGGAGAGACGGCCACCCUCCGGCGGUUGGGGUGAAGCCCGAGACCUUCCUGCGGGCGCUCCAGAAAACCCACAUGGCCGUGCACUGCAAACGCGCCAUCGAGCAGAAGGUGCGUUCCCAUGGCGACCGUCUGCUGUCAGCUGAUGAGUUUCAGAAACUCUUCAACGAGCUGGACAAAAGGGUGAUUAAGGAGAUGAUGGCCGUGGUGGCUAACACGCUCCUCGACCUGGUCAGGAACAUGCGGGCCUUCGCCGGCAUCCUGGUGGUGAGUGCCUCUGUCUGCGGCUCAUGGCAGGGGCGGAGCUGGGGGCCGACAGGAAGCGGCGGGAGACGAGGCCUGUGUUGGCCGCAGCAGGUGCUCAGGCCCUGGCUGUGCGGGCGGGCAAGCCAGCAGGGCUCCAGUGGGGUGUCACCACUGGCUUCCACCACCUCCGUGCGGCCUGGUAGGCGGCUCAACUUCGCGGCCCUGAUCACGCUGUGGAACGUGAUGGUCGUGAACAACUGGCAGGUGUUCCUGGACGCCUUCCGACGCUACUCGGGCCCGUGGUCCAAGGUCUAUUUUGUAUCGUGGUGGCUGGUGUCGUCUGUCGUCUGGGUCAACCUGUUUCUGGCUCUGAUUCUGGAGAACUUCAUCCACAAGUGGGACCGCCGCGACCACCCUCAGCACUCCCUUGGGGCCCCGGAGGCCUCCUACCACUCGCCUGUGGAGCUCAUGUUCAGGGAGGUCCUGGAGGAGCCUGUGGAGGAGGACCUGCUAGAGAAGCUGCGGCGUCACCCACACCUGGAACUGUGCAGGUGACGUCCAGGUGCCUACUGGCCGGGCAGCAGGAUGCAGACGCUGGGCUCAGGAAGACGCCAGUGUGGAACGAGGCAGCAGGCUGGGGCCG